AUGGCCGAGUCCACCGAGUUGAAGCCCGUUGCGCGCGCCACUAAACCCGUCAGCGAAGCUCUCCUUAAUGAGAAGUGGGACCACGCCAUCUCCUCCCUGAUUGUCCGCUCGUCGGUCGGCCUCGGAUUUGGUGUUGUUCUCUCGGUCUUGCUCUUCAAGCGGAGAGCCUGGCCUGCUUGGGUUGGUCUUGGUUUCGGCGCUGGGCGUGCGUAUGAAGAAGCCGACACUGCCUUCCGACGAGGCGAUAACCCAGUCACGGACGCUCUGCGCCACGCUAGAUCGUGA